AUGUCGGAAGCAAAAAAGAAGAGACGGCAAUACAGUGCGGAAUAUAUUAAAUACGGAUUUAUUGAAAAUCCUACAAAUCCAUCUUCGCCUUUGUGCCUUCUUUGUCAAAAAACAUUUUCCAAUGAAGCAAUGAAACCUUCUAGGCUACAAGAUCAUUUGAAUAAAAUGAGUUCAGAUAAGAAAGACAAAGAUGUGACAUAUUUUCAAGACCUGGAAAAGAAGUACACAGCUCAGCCGACUGUAUCAAAACUUUUUUCAGCAGCUUCUAAACAAGACGAUGACGGACUUCGAGCUUCGUACAAUAUCUCUUUGUUAAUUGCUCAAAAAGGCAAACCACACACUAUUGGCGAAGAGUUAAUUUUACCAGCAAUAAAAGAAGUUAUAACUACCGUGCUCCAUAAGCCAGCGACAGAUAUUAUCCGAAAAAUUCCUUUGAGCAAUAGUUCUGUGCAAAGACGAAUUGAUGAAAUGGCUGAAAACAUCGAAGAGUCAUUGUGCGAUUAUUUGAAGACAAAUCAAUUCUCAAUUCAGUUGGAUGAGUCCACUUUACCAACUAAUGAAGCAUUGUUGUUGGCAUACGUGAGGUUCAUUCAAGAUGAAAAAAUAUCUCAAGAACUAUUAUUUGCAAGAAAUUUAGAGACUGAUACGAAAGGAGAAACCAUAUUUAAUACACUGGAAAAGUUUUGUGAUGAGAAAAAAAUACCAUUGAAAAACAUUAUAUCAGCGGCUACAGAUGGCGCUCCGGCCAUGGCAGGGCGUCACAAAGGCUUCAUAGCAUACUUAAAAAACAAAGUUCCAGAUGUGCUCGCUGUACAUUGCGUUAUUCAUCGUCAACAUUUGGUUGCGAGAAAUUUGAGUGAACGGCUAUUUCAGUCACUGCAACAUGUCAUCAAAGCACUUUGUGUUGCUAAUGAUGAAGAUUUCAACCGAUUGCUGUUUCACACAGAAGUGCGUUGGCUAUCAAGAGGUACUUGUCUGACUCGAUUUUACAAUUUGUUUGACUCUGUGAUAGAGUUCUUGGAAAACAAAGACACAGAAUUGCGCGACAACAUCAUCACAUCAAAAAAUGAUAUUGCGUACUUGACAGACCUGUAUAAAUUGUUUAAUGAUAUCAAUCUCCAACUUCAAGGUAAUGACUUGAACUUGAUUAAAACAAAAAAUGUUGUUGCUGCUUUCGUAGCCAAACUCCUCUUGUACGUGAAAAAUAUUGGCAGACAUGAGUUCCACAAUUUCCCUAAUUUAGCAGCAGCAUCCUUUAACAACGAUGAUUUGCUUGUUUACUGCCAACAAUUGGAGAAUCUCCACAGCGAUUUCAAAGAUCGAUUCCAGGACAUUUUAAAAUUGGAAAUACCGGACUGGGUGUUGGAUCCUUUUUCAAAUGUCAACACUGCAGGAUCAUCCCAUUUGGAAGAAGAACUUAUAGAACUGACAACGAACGAGGAAAUAAAAAUCAAAUUCAAAAAUGGCUACCAAGACUUUUGGCUACAAAAGCCAAUCCCGCAAUUGUACCCUGGAUUGUGGUCGAUUGUUCAAAAGUUUUUGAUAGCAUUCUCAUCAUCGUAUUUGUGUGAACGUGGAUUUAGCACUGUGGCAACGUUGCUAACUAAAAAAAGAAAUCGUUUGCAUGUUACUGAAUGCGGUGACUUAAGGCUGUUUUUGAGUAAAUUUGAGCCUGAUAUUGACAAACUUGUUAAAAACCAUCAGAUUCAUCCUUCACAUUAG